AUGUCGGAAUUACAAGCUACAAAGCAAAGAGGACAGUCAUCAGCAAAGAGGACAGUCAUCAGCAAAGAGGACAGUCUUCAGCAAAGAGGACAGUCAUCAGCAAAGAGGACAGCCAUCAGCAAAGAGGACAGUCAUCAGCAAAGAGGACAGCCAUCAGCAAAAAGAGGACAACCAUCAGCAAAGAGGACAGCCAUCAGCAAAGAGGACAGCCAUCAGCAAAGAGGACAGCCAUCAGCAAAGAGGACAGCCAUCGGCAAAGAGGACAGCCAUCAGCAAAGAGGACAGUCAUCAGCAAAGAGGACAGUCUUCAGCAAAAAGAGGACAGCCAUCAGCAAAGAGGACAGUCAUCAGCAAAGAGGACAGCCAUCAGCAAAAAGAGGACAGCCAUCAGCAAAGAGGACAGCCAUCAGCAAAGAGGACAGCCAUCAGCAAAGAGGACAGUCAUCAGCAAAGAGGACAGUCUUCAGCAAAGAAGACAGUCAUCAGCAAAGAGGACAGCCAUCAGCAAAAAGAGGACAGCCAUCAGCAAAGAGGACGUCAACGGCAAAGAGGACAGCCAUCAGCAAAAAGAGGACAGCCAUCAGCAAAGAGGACGUCAUCGGCAAAGAGGACAGCCAUCAGCAAAAAGAGGACAGCCAUCAGCAAAGAGGACAGUCAUCAACAAAGAGGACAGCCAUCAGCAAAAAGAGGACAGCCAUCAGCAAAGAGGACGUCAUCGGCAAAGAGGACAGCCAUCAGCAAAAAGAGGACAGCCAUCAGCAAAGAGGACAGUCAUCAACAAAGAGGACAGCCAUCAGCAAAGAGGACAGUCAUCAGCAAAGAGGACAGCCAUCAGCAAAGAGGACAGUCAUCAGCAAAGAGGACAGCCAUCAGCAAAGAGGACAGUCAUCAGCAAAGAGGACAGCCAUCAGCAAAGAGGACAGUCAUCAGCAAAGAACGCAGAUAAAAAAAAGGUGA